CUCUUCAGUCUCAUAAGAAGUCUCAAUCUUUUCAACAAAAGAGGAAAUCCUGGUCUUACAUCGCAGCUCCAGUUCUCCGCUCCACUUGGCUGUGUUUUGGACCAUGGGAGGUUACUAUGGACUGGUGGUUCUGGUGGGCGUGGCCUCAAUGCUGACAACUGGCCAAUGUGAUGUGAGCUGUAGAGGAACUGACGGCCAGCCGGGAGAGGCAGGAGCCCCAGGCAGAGAUGGGCAUCCUGGACCGAAGGGGGAGAAAGGAGAGCCAGUGUUGAUGGCCAGUGGUCAAGUGGAUGCAGCCAUCCUGCUGAGGCUGAAGGGGGAGACAGGGAGUCGGGGCCCUCCAGGGGUCAUAGGCCCUAAAGGUUACCGUGGACAUCUGGGAGCGUCAGGUGACCCUGGAAAGCCAGGUCGCCCCGGUGCCGACGGGACGUCCAUCGGCCAAGGAGGACAGCAUUCCGCCCAGCAGGCCCAUUCAGCCUUCUCAGUGAUGAGGACUGACAACAGUUAUCCUCGCAUCGGCCAGGUAGUAACCUACCAAACUGCCAACGUCAACACACGUGAUGACUUUAACACAGCCACAGGUCACUUCACUUGCAGAGUACCUGGUGUUUAUUACUUCACCUUCCACUCUGUGGCCAAGGUCAGCAUAUGUCUGGCUAUAGCCAGUGAUGCUCGGACAGACAAGCUGGGAUUCUGUGAUCACUCCAGGGCCUCUCCUGUCUAUGAUCAGGUGCUGUCGGGCGGCGCGGUCUUACAGCUGAGAGCCGGACAGAAGGUUUGGCUCGAGUCCUUCAGGGACAAGCAGAAACCUUCUGAACUGACAGACGCCCAAGAAAAACAGAUCAUCUUCAGCGGCUUCCUGCUCUUCUCAAAUCCAGAAUAAAGUUCAGUUGUACGCUCGAUAAUUUCACUCCAGCAUAGAGUCUGAAAACCUGACACUGCACUGCACCUACACAGAGUCGCAGUACAGGAAUAUUUGUGAAUGUUUGUGUUUGUUUAAUGUGUGAAUCCACAGAUAACCUGAUCAGUUUUCUUCAUAUCAAUUCAUAUUAAUCUGCACUGAAUGUUGACUUUGUCUGUCAUUGCUACAAAAACACAAUUAAAGUUUAUUAUUGAGUGUGA